AUGUCAAGCUAACAAUCACAGCAGUUGUCAAGCAAGUAGACUAGCAAGAAAUCUAAGAUUCAUCCAAGACCUGAGUGGGAUGAAAAUGAGAGUGAGGACUAGCUAGACGGCAGACUUAGAUCUAAGAAAUUUAGAGGCAAUCCACCAAGCACAGAUCUCACUACAGAUGAUGGCUUGAUUAAACUGAGUCAGAUGGAUAAGCUGGAUUCUAAGAUAAAUUCCGCAAAGUAGUCUAAAUUCAAGGAGCUGAGAGAGAAGAUCAACUAGGACUUCAACAGUCAACUAGAUCUUAAUAGAAGUGAUAUCAUAUUGUAAACACCUAUACAUUUAGAUAAACCUUUGGAAGUCCUUGAUAUUGUCAAUAAAGAUUAAGGUAGUGUGGAAUCCCAUUCAAAAAGUAAAGACUCAGUAGAAAGUAGUACUAAGCAGAAGAUUCCUGACAGUAAAGCUUAAAGCAAUUAAGAGAACAUAGUUGAGACAACACGAUAGUCAAAGAGUAAGUAAAAGGAAACAGAGAAUGCCAGAAAAAGAAUUGUGCCGUCAUAAAGCUUGUCACAAUCAGAGGAAGCAAGCGAUGACGAGGAUGAUGAUGAAGACUAUAAUAGCGAUGAGAUCAAAGAAGAAGUCAAUGAAUUGCAGGAUGAUAAUUUUAAUUUGGAAGAAUAUAUGAAGUUCAGAUCUCAACUCGACUUGGAGGAGCAAAAAGAAUAGAAACCCAAGUAGUCGCUAUUUGCCAAUCUAUAUGCAGAAGAUGAUGAGAGUGAGGACUACUAUGAUGAGGUUUCUUAAGUAGAUGCUAAAUCAAAAAGCAAAAGUAAAAUUUUUAAUAACUUAUAAUUUUACUUAGAGUAGCAAGAUAUUGAAGAUGAUGAUGACUUCUGA